AUGUCUCAAAUUACUCUCAUAUCUCCAGUAACUCUCAUAGCUAUAACUGGUAGGAGGAAGAAACUUGGGGAAAUAUCUGCUGCAAGUGGAAGGUACAAAUUGAGCUCAUUAUCAUCACAACCACAUGUUAAUUGGAAUGUCCAAAGGCAUAUUCCAUGGUUUGGUUUCAAUAAUUCAUCAAAUUAUUAUUAUUCAUAUGGUAAGAAUAAUAUAAGUUUCAUGGUGAAUGCUUCUGAUGGAGGAGCAUUCUCUCUCCCUCAUGGUUGGCCACUUGAAAAGGUUUCUGACGAUGAAAAGGGUUCCAAAAUCAAGGGUUCAAGCCGUCUCUUCACAAUAGGUCUUGUAGCAGCAUGGUACUCUUCCAACAUUGGUGUUCUUCUAUUGAACAAGUACUUGCUCAGCAAUUACGGCUUCAAGUAUCCUAUUUUCCUCACCAUGUGUCACAUGACAGCGUGUUCUUUGUUUAGCUAUGUUGCUAUAGCUUGGUUGAAGAUUGUUCCUAUGCAAACGAUUCGAUCCAGGGUUCAAUUCUUCAAGAUCUCGGCUUUGAGUCUCAUUUUCUGUGUUUCUGUUGUGUUUGGGAACAUUUCUCUUCGUUAUCUACCUGUGUCUUUUAAUCAGGCUAUUGGUGCUACUACGCCUUUUUUUACUGCCAUUUUUGCUUAUAUUAUGACUUUUAAGAGAGAGGCUUGGCUCACUUAUUUCACCCUUGUUCCUGUUGUUACUGGUGUUGUCAUUGCUAGUGGGGGUGAACCGAGUUUCCAUUUAUUUGGAUUCAUUGUAUGUGUUGCGGCCACGGCUGCAAGAGCCCUAAAAUCAGUACUACAAGGAAUUUUGCUGUCUUCGGAAGGAGAGAAGCUGAAUUCGAUGAACCUUCUCCUUUAUAUGGCUCCAAUGGCUGUAGUUUUCCUUCUCCCUGCCACACUUAUAAUGGAAGAAAAUGUGGUUGGCAUCACAUUGGCUCUCGCCAGAGAUGAUGUCAAGAUAAUUUGGUAUCUGCUAUUUAACUCGGCUCUUGCGUAUUUUGUCAACCUGACCAAUUUUUUGGUCACGAAACAUACUAGUGCUCUGACCCUUCAGGUACUAGGGAAUGCUAAAGGCGCUGUAGCAGUAGUUGUUUCAAUUCUAAUAUUUAGAAACCCAGUUUCAGUCACCGGAAUGAUGGGUUACGCGCUCACAGUCUUUGGAGUAAUACUUUACAGCGAAGCCAAAAAGCGAACAAAGUGA